GACCCGGUGGCUCGGUUCGAGGAAAGGCUCUUAUCUCGCUGCUCCUGCGUGGCGCGACAAGGAAGCCCGUGGAUUUGCACCGCGUCGUGGACUUUGACGUUGAAGUUCGGGUGCUCUGAAAAUAAGAAAGAACAACCAAAAAGCGCUGCGCCACAAGCUGCCUUGCCUGCCUGGUGCACGGCGUGCACUCCGCCACCUGCAGAGCGGCGUGCACGGCGCAAACAUUGCACCUCCGGGCUCCAAUUUGGCGCACGAUAAUUGGAGAAAAAGUGCUUGUUUGCGGGGUGCGAGUUGGACGAGAUGCGAGGGUGACUGGAGGAGAACUUGUUGAAUGAUCCAGGCAGACCCGGCUUGAAUGACGCGGCCCGUGGCUGCAAAACACCAGCGAGAUCAAACCGAGGCAUCUGACAGCUGCGUCCUCUUUGCACAUCGCGUCUGACCGCGAGCUGACCUGCCAGUCGCCGCCUUCUGGCUGGCACACCUCAGGGCGGCUAAUUGAAGGCCAAAGCGGCGCACACGGAGGCUAAACGCGGCUAGCUAGGAUGCUGUCGCCGCUGCCCACGGCGCCUGAAAAACCACGCCCCUCAAAGCUGAGAUCCGUCUAGAACGUCUUGUCAUCGCCGCCGCAGAACCUGUUCAAAACCUAAACACAAGAAGGAGAAGCCCAGCGGAAGUCCAACAAUGCUCUUGAGCGUCGUGCUCGCCCUGCAUGCCGUGUGCGGCGGCGUGACGCUCGCCAUGCAGCACUACCCGGCGGCCUGGGGUCACUACGACGUGUGCAAGUCCCAGAUCUACACGGAGGAGGGACUAGCGUGGGACUACAUGGCCUGUCAGCCCGAAGCCACCGACAUGACAAAGUACCUGCGAGUGGCCCUGGACCCCCCCAACAUCACGUGUGGUGACCCGCCUGAAACCUACUGUGCUUUGGAGAACCCCUACAUGUGCAACAACGAGUGCGACGCCAGCACGGAGGAGUUGGCUCACCCGCCCGAGCUGAUGUUUGACUUUGAGGGCCGCAACCCAACGACCUUCUGGCAGUCCACCUCGUGGAAGAAAUACCCAAAGCCCCUGCAGGUAAACAUCACCUUGUCGUGGAACAAGACCAUCGAGCUGACCGACGACAUCGUUCUGACCUUCGAAUCGGGCCGACCCGAGCAGAUGGUCUUGGAGAAGUCGCUGGACUACGGCCGCACGUGGACCCCCUAUCAGUUCUACGCUACCGACUGCUUGGACGGCUUUACCAUGGAACCAAAGACGGUGGGCGAUCUCACCCAGCGCACAUUACUGGACAUCAUCUGCACCGAAGACUACUCCAGAGGCUACGUGUGGAAGAAUGACAAGACGGUACGCUUCGAGAUUAAGGACCGUUUCGCCCUGUUCGCCGGGCCCCGUCUGCACAACAUGGCCUCGUUGUACGGCCAGCUGGAUACCACCAAGAACCUGAGGGACUUCUUCACCAUCACCGACCUGAGGAUUAAGCUGCUGAAGCCAGCUACUGGAGCCACCAUGGUGGACGAGAAUAACCUGUCCAGAUACUUCUACGCUAUCUCCGACAUCAAAGUGCAGGGGAGGUGCAAGUGCAAUUUGCACGCCAACAGCUGCGUGUUUGACAAGGGCAAGCUGGGCUGCGAGUGCGAGCACAACACCACGGGGCCCGACUGCAGCCGCUGCAAGAGGCACUACCACGGCCGAGCCUGGAGCGUGGGCUCCUACCUGCCCAUACCCAAAGGGACCGCCAAUAUAUGUAUUCCCAGCAAUCACGGACCCGUGCAUCGAGCAAACGCGUCAUUUCUUGGUGUCGCGAAUCGUAAGCAAGCCCGGGUGUGCGACAACGCCCUGCUGCGCUGUCAGAACGGCGGCACGUGCCACCAUCACCAGCGCUGCCACUGCUCCGCCGGCUUCACCGGCGUCCUGUGCGAGAGGGUCCGCUGCCAGGGCCCCGGCGAGUGCGACGACCAGUUAGCGGGACGGGCCUCCUCGCCUCAGAUCACCGCCGCCGCCGCUCGCCGAAUGUCCAUCGCCUCGCUCGUCUUGCUUGUUUCUCUUUGCUGAGGGACCUCGAUCCUCUUGGUAACCAAAAGGUGGACAAAGCGACUCCUUUCUACGUCUCAGGACGCCGUUGUGGAUCGACGAAGUCACCGCUGUCUUGGUAAUCUCACUCAGAUGAAGAUCUGAUACUUUAUUGUAAAGGAGACUGGAGACGACCAAGUGUACAAAAAGACUCACGUGCUUUCUAAGAGUUAUUCAUUCUUUGUGUAGCGCUUAUUCGCAUUACGCUGCCGGGUGACGCCGCCCUCACCCGAUGGACCGCUCGCCAGCCAAUCACAGGACACGUACACAAACACGCUCACGUUCACGCCUGUGCACCGUUUAGAGUCUCCAAGUAGCUGAAUGUGCACAUUUUGGGAGGGGCGGGGGGUGGGGGGAGAAGAAGCAACAUGGCCGCGAUCUCCCGGCUGUGCAUCCGACGCCCCAACCGUGAGGGGACGCCGAUGAGUUUCCUGUCUUUGUUAGCGGUUGGAAAUGAAGUCCUGCAUUCCUUCUAAGAGCUACGUUGGUUGACGUCGGUUGUCACCAACGUCUUCUACCGCCCCCCCCCAAACAUAGUCCACCAUCCACCAACACCUCCCAUCUCCAAAAGACUUUAUCCCAACCAAAAAACAAAAGAACCCCAAAUGAAAUUGGGAAGUAGCGUACAUCCUGGAAGCGGGAAGAUGGCGGAAUAUAAAGCUUGCGGUACGUCGCAUCACGUUAUGAACGACCUUUAAACGACCCUCAUUGGCUUCCUUCCUUCCUCCCUCCUUCACCUGCGUUGGUCUCUGAAGGGCACCCUGGUCAUCGGCGACACUUGGGCCCAGGCUGAGGAAGCUCGACUGAGGCUUGCACGGUACGACAUAUCCGAAAAGGAGUAGGAAGAAGCUGCUCUUAUUUAAUCCUUCCCCUUCUCGGUAUCAGUCAUCAUGUGUUUUAUUUGGCCUAACAAGACGCGUACUAUUCAGUACUUGUAUUUAAGUUUUGUACCAACAACAAAAAAGAUAUUUUCAUGGAUUAGCAAAAGCGCUAAAAGUGUCGCUUCUCGUUUUUUUUUGGACUGCGAGAGGUCGUGUUCCGCUUUGUUUGCUUGUGUUCACACACGGUUCUCCUAAAAACAAAGUAAGUGUUUACACAUAAUACACUUCCACCACCAAAGGAGGAAAAAAAAACAUCUUUAUCUCGUUGUUGUCAUUGGUUGUACAUGGUGAACUUGUCUGUAGGUGCUUUAUUUUGAAAAGCUAUCCACUCUCACUCAAGCUUCUGAUGUUCAUAUUACGACCGACGAUGAACUUCCUGCCCGGGUGCUUUGGGACUCGGGACCACGACGGAGGCGGAACCACAUGAACCUCAACGGGCUCCAAAAAGACUCCAGCGGCUCCAGAGCCAAUCUGGAAUCUAAUCCUUGAACCAAUCGGGAGGGAAUGAUGUCUGAAGGCGGCGUCCUGCUGCGGGAACCUUCAUGCUCCGAGGCGCUGAGAAAAUUAGCUUUAAUUCAAGGAGGGUCAAAUGAAUAAAAAUGAAGUCGCAUCCCACUGGGUGGCAUAUUGAGUGCUGAGGCCAAUUUUAUUUGAGAGAUGAAUAACCCCCCCCCCCCCCCCCUCCCGAGGUUGUGGUGGAACACCAAACUGUGUUCGAGUCUACUGUAAGUGCCUCUCAUUAAACGAUGAAAAAGACCAGCGAAUGGCUGUUUUUACAAUGCAAAUUUCAACGCAGGUUCUCUUAAAUGAGGGCAGAAGGUUGGACUAUUCACAUCCGUUUGCCAAUUAAUUAACCAUGAUUAAUCACCGUUUGCAGCUAUUUCUGAAAUAUACCCAUUUUCACUGCCUUUUAUUCCAGGAGGAUUUAUAAUGACAGGGCAUGAUUAUAUAGAAAUAUUUCAGAUAAUGUAUGCUCAUUAAAGGGGACCUAUGAGGCUUUUUCCGCUUUUCUGACCUAUAAAUGUCGUUAAAAUGUCGGAUUCUGGUGUUAAACGAUACCGACGUUUCCGAUAAUGAGGUUUACGUAUUUGGAAGUGAUCCCUGAAAGAAGUUUGGGACGGCUCAAAACGCUGGCUUUAAGAGGGCGUGGUAAAACUGCUCCCUUUGUGAUGUCACAGAGGAGCGGGAUUCCUUAUAUGGGCAUGGCUGUAUGGAUACACUCUCUGGCUUCCCCCAAGCUGUGUUUAUUUGGGUGGAAGGGAAAGCCACAUUUGUUUUCCAAUUCCUAAAGACGCCACCCUCAGCCACAAGUGGUUGGAGGUUGAUUCCCUACCAGCAAAAGAGAAAUAUUUUAAUUCGUCAACAGGAUUUCCCAGGAAGAGUCAGAAGAGCCAGCAGUAAGUAAGCGUUCAUCAGUGUCCUAAUUGUCUUCAUUUUGUUUAGAACGUCCGUCCAUCCACUUGGCAGGGUGUGGCGAUCGACGCUGGCGAUGUGAUCAUCUGUGAGCCAGCGGCUAUAAAGCCCCCGGUCCCAACGUGAUGUACUUGAAGUGGGGGCAACAUAUGGGGAUGAGUACCUCCUCAGUACAGAUUUCACAGAUACCACACUGAUAUCGUAUCUCCUCUCCGGGCACAGAUGAGGGAGUCGGCUGCAUCUGCGCUUCAGAAGGCAGCGGAUGCGGCUGGAGGGCCCAGCAGAGGAUAAACCUGCUUUUCAUUCAGGUUUUUUGGGAUCGGUAUCGAUAUCAACCAAUUUCAAUUUGGAUUAUCGGGAUUAUCAGCAUCAAAUCCUGAUCAGGACACCCUAAUGUUCAUCAUGAAAAGAUCCAUGGAAUAAGUGUAGCAUAAUGCAGUUGUCGGCCAUGUUGGUUUGUCCUUUUUUUGUGGAUUUGGGCGAUUUCGAUUCCUAUGUGGCGCAAAUACUCCUUCAUAAUGUUCCACAGAAUAUUCCAGAAUA